AUGUGCGUUAAGCACUUACCAAUCCACCCUAAUCUGGGAACCGAGCCUCAGGUAUUGGACGGGUCGCAGGUGGCGGAUGGCGAACGUUCCAUCAGAUAUGGUGGACAGCUGCGAAUAAGGGAUAAGGACGAAGAGGAGAAAGAUGACUUCUAUGAAAUGAUGGAGCAAGUGGUAGACAAGUUACCAAAUUACGAUAUGAAAAUUAUAAUGGGAGAUGCAAAUGCGAAAAUAGGAAAAGAACCUAUAUGGAGAGAAGUCGCAGGUGACACGGAAGAAACAGAGAUUAUGGAAGACAUAGAAAAUAAAUGGGAAACGUUCAGGAACAGUAUACUUAACACAGCAAAAGAAGUUUGUGGUAAAAAGAAGAGAGCAAGGAAGAAUCCAUGGUUUGAUGGAGAAUGUGAGCAAGCUAUACUGGAAAGAAGCGAGAGGAAAAAGAAGUGGUUGAACAAUAAGUCUAACGAAGAUAGAGAAGAAUAUUUUAGAGUAAACAAAGAAACCACAAGAACCCUGCGUAAGAAAAAGAGAGAGUACUUGAAGGGAUUACUAGAAAAAGCAGAAAGAGAUCAGAGAGCACAAAAUGCCAGAGACUUUUAUAAAUGUGAUAGGCACUUCAGAAGUGGAUAUACAGCAAAUGCAUUUGGCAUUAAGGACAAAGAGGGCAAUAUUUUAGUACAGAAACAGGAAGUGACCAACAGAUGGAGAGAGCAUUUUGAGGAGUUACUAAAUGGGGAAGAAAUUGACAAUAAUGAAGAAAUCCCCAUAUACCAUGAUGUACAACCUCUUGUUGAGAAUCCAAAUAUUGAAGAAGUAGAACAAGCAUUAAAUUCCUUAAAGGAUAACAAAUCUCCUGGAGAAGAUGUAGCACACGUGAAAGCAAGGAGAAUAAGGUGGGCAGGACACGCACUACGGAGAGAACGAGGUUCACUACUAAAAGAAGCAAGUAUAGGAAAGCCAGAAGGGAAACGACCAUUAGGAAGGCCCAAGAAGAGAUGGUGGGAUAGUGUUUCCAAGGACGUCAGAGAAGUGGGGGCAGAAGUGGAAGAGGCAGAAGAUCGAGAGAGAUGGAAAGCAGUUGUUGGACUAUGUAACGCUAGUGCUCCGGUGUUCCAUUGUGACUCUUUGACUUGCGUUACACAAGAUCUGUUGUGUAACGGCCUUCCAGACUGUCCUUCAGCUCAAGAUGAAGGAGUUGACCAAUGUGGAUGUCUAGCCAACGAGUUCCGGUGCUCCAACAGCUGUGUGGCGCUUGUACGUCGUUGUGACAGAGUCAAAGAUUGUCCACAAGGAGAGGACGAACUGGACUGUAAAACAUUCCUCUGUCCUGCGACACAUUUUAAAUGUGACAAUCACUUCUGUGUUCCUCUGCACAGUGUCUGCGACUUCCGUGACGACUGUGGGGAUGACUCUGAUGAGACCAGCUGCUCUCACAGAUCAUGUUGGCACUCAGAGUUCAGAUGCAACAAUGGAGAAUGUCUACGUCCUGGAUCCCUGUGUGACGGUGUCUUCGACUGUCAAGACCUCAGUGACGAAACAGACUGCGGCCCAGACUCCUUCGCUGACUGCGAAGACGGAACAAAGGUUCACAGGUACUACUGGUGUGACGGCUGGCCUCACUGUACACAAAACCACGCAGACGAACUGAACUGCAAAGAGUGCAACAGCUCUGACGAGUUCAGAUGUCCCAAUGGUCGUUGUAUUAGGAGAGCCAACGUUUGUGACUCGCAGUGUGACUGUGUGGUCAACGCUACAGAUUCUUCUUGUGCUGACGAAGUGGAUUGCGGACACGUGUAUUCGGUGGACUAUGGUACAGGAGUUGCUGUGUGUGAGUUAGGGGUAGCUCUAGGAUGUUUUGCCCCUCCAUUGCCCCAAAACGCAGGCAAAGUCCGUUGUAUUCAACCACAGUAUCUGUGUGACGGAUCCAACGACUGUCACAACGGCAACUUCUUAUCAGACGAAUUCGGUUGUGGUAAGUAUGAUAACAGAAACUUCAAAUUCAUUAUGACCGAGGUUGCUGCCAACUUCAGAUGUCUCGAUGGUCGCAAAAUGCCGGUGAUCACCCGAUGUGACAAGAAGAUUGACUGUCUCCACGGCGAUGACGAACUCAAUUGUCCUGAUACUCAGUGCAAUGAGACGCAGUUCACAUGUCUCAGUGGUCAGUGUAUAGACUUGUCCCUAAGGUGUGAUUUGGUCUACCACUGCUACGACCGAUCAGAUGAACACAACUGUCAUGACACGCAAUGCCCGCCAGCCACUCACCGAUGCCUGCUAGGAGGCCAAUGUCUACAGGAGACCAAAUGGUGCGACUACUAUCUGGACUGCCUAGAUGGAUCUGAUGAGGCUAAUUGUAGUACUGUUCCGUGUCAACCAAGAGACUUUGCCUGUGAUAACGGACAAUGUGUCAGCGGACAUCUCAGAUGCUAUAGUGACGGCAAAUCAAGAAGUGGUUGUGCUGAUAAUUCACACCUCAAAAACUGCAAGAACUGGACUUGCAGUGAAGACCAGUUCAAGUGCCGCAGUGGUCCGUGUGUCUCUCGUACUCUACUGUGUGACAACAAUAUCGACUGUCCAGAGACUUGGGAUGAUGAGGACUUCUGCCCGUUCCAGUGUUCUCGUUUACUACCGCAAUGUGAGUGUCAAGAUGUCCACAUCAACUGCACGGCCCGUGGUUUAACAGAUGUUCCAGCUGAUGCUGAACCUGAGAUCACCUGGUUUUACUUGGGCAGCAACAAACUAAACGAGACACUGAACAACAGUUCAUUUCUUCAGCUUGCUAGACUUCUGUAUCUAGAUCUGAGCAACAACAGCGUCACUCAACUUCCCCCCAGUAUGUUUGUUUCUCUGUGGCGACUUACUGUGCUCGACCUACAUGAUAACCAGCUGACCCGGCUGGCCAAUGGGACCUUCAACGGACUGGCUAGCCUCAACGGAUUGCACCUCCAAGGAAACAAAAUUGAAGCAAUUGAAUCUUACGCAUUCUACGGCCUGACUUCUCUCAAAACAUUGGAUCUUUCCAACCAAAGAGUCUGCGACAUUCAGCCCGAUGCAUUUGUUGGCCUUCGGAGUUUAACUGGACUAGACUUAUCGAGUAACCAAAUUUCCCAUCUGAACCAAGGAGUUUUCUCGGGAAUGCCGCACCUUCUGUUCUUAGACAUCAGCAAGAACCACAUACGAGUGAUCGAAGCCAAUGUUUUCAGAAGCACCCCUUCUCUCGACAAACUGGUCACUGAUGAGUUUCGAUUUUGCUGUCUCGCUCGACAUACAAGUCUUUGUCUGCCUCCACCAGAUGAGUUCAGUUCAUGUGAAGACCUGAUGUCCAACCUGGUGUUGAGAUUGUGUGUCUGGCUACUGGCAGGAGUGGCUACCGUAGGCAACAUCCUGGUGAUCGUCUGGCGCACUAGAUACACCCAUUGCAACCAGGUUCAUUCCCUGCUCAUUACCAACCUCGCACUAGGUGAUCUCUUGAUGGGCUCCUAUCUGCUGCUCAUAGCUCUAGUAGACCGUCACUACAGAGGAGUCUACUUUAUCCAUGACUCUGCCUGGAGAUCUAGCCGACUCUGUGCUUUGGCUGGGUUCCUCAGCACUUUUUCCAGCGAGAUAUCCGUCUUUACACUUACUGUGAUCACACUUGACCGUUUCCUUGUGAUAAUCUUCCCGUUCAGAGUUCGUCGUCUGGAGAUGGCUCGCACUCGUCGCCUCAUGGUGUUCGGAUGGGCUCUCGCAGGCUUGCUGUCCGCUCUGCCUCUGGCUCAUCUAGAGUACUUCCACAACUUCUACGGCAGAUCAGGAGUGUGCCUUGCCCUUCACAUAACACCAGACAAGCCCAACGGAUGGGAAUACUCCGUAUUUGUCUUCCUCUUCCUGAACAUGGUAUCUUUCGGCAUCAUCGCACUAGGCUACCUGUGGAUGUUUGUGGCGGCGCGUACCACACAACUGGCAGUGAGCGGUGCCUCCCGUCGGACCACAGAGAGCGCUAUGGCGUGGCGCAUGACUUUGCUAGUAGCCACCGACGCAGCGUGUUGGGUGCCCAUCAUAGUGCUUGGGCUUGCGUCUCUGGCCGGGUUCACCGUUCCUCCUCAGGUGUUUGCGUGGGUUGCUGUGUUUGUCUUGCCAUUGAACGCAGCCCUCAACCCAGUACUGUACACUCUGUCUACUGCGCCAUUUCUCACCCCCGCACUGCUCAAGUUCCGACGAUCCUGCAAACUUAACAACUACUCGCCCAACUGUACACUAACUCGUAAAUAUGGAAGUGCAAGAUCUUCAGAGUUCAGCAACAACUCUGUUACUAAAAGAACGUCAAUAAGGUGGCACUCCCGGGUGGACACAGCUGUCUCGGAGCAUGGUGAGGUGGUACCACUGAGCCGUCUGGUCACAUGACACUCGCCUUCUGGGCGCUCCUCUCGCCACCGCAAUCCUCUCUAUGACUGACCAAUUGUGCUCUCAGAACCAGUUCAU